GGGAAAGUGCCUCACAUCUUUAUACUGAGAUUAAGUAUACAACAUAUAAAUAGAGCAGUAUUUUAGUGAGAAUUUAUUUCUCUUCACUCGCUCUAGGCAGGGAAGUGUAGAUAUUUUUGCGAGAUUAAAACAUUCAGCCCAGCAGCUUUUAAAGAUUUCAGGUGAAGUGAAUCAGCCAGACGAGAUGUCGCUGCAGAAACUGGAAGAGAUUAAUGAUGAACUUCAACAAGGCAUCAAGGGACUGAACUCAGAAUUCAACAAAAACCAUGACACUCUCAAGAGGAAAAUAAAGGAGCUGAAAGACGUCUCCAAGAAACUUGAAGACAUGCACAAAAGUACUACAGUGGGCAGUUUGGUCGGAUCAUCAAUUGGAGUGACUGGAGGAGCCAUAGCACUAGUGGGUCUGGGUUUAUCAUUUUUCACAUUUGGUGCUUCUUUAGCUGUUUCUGCUAUUGGUGGUGCUGUUGGAAUGGCUGGAGGAGUUACAGGUGCAACAUGUAACAUCAUUAACAUCUUUAAACAGAAAAAACUACGUGAGACUAUUGAGAAUAUCAUUAAAGAUUUCCAGAAAACAAUCAAUCCAAUGAUUCAGCAUCUGAAUACAAUUACUAACAAAAUAGAAGAGCUUCAGCAGGAGGGGCAGAAGUAUUCUGUGCUUAAUAAAACAAUAAUGACCAGUGUGAGAUCAGUGAAAACCUUUUCCAGCAUCGGAAAAUUUUUAACUGUACUAACUGCUACACUUGGGAGAACAGCUGCAAAAGCUGUCAGAAGUCUUAAAGUGGUUGGGAAAAUAACCGGCACAAUCUCAACUCUCUUUCUCGCUCUUGAUGUUUACAGUAUUUAUUGUGAUUCGGUAGAGAUCUCUGAAUUAAAUCAACCCGAAAAAGAGAGAAAAGUAGAUGAAAUCAAAUCAGAAACUUUAAAAUUUAUUAAUGAAAUUAAAAAAACAGCUGAUCAGUUUCAGGUGACUCUAGAUGAGAUUAAAAGUGCCAGAGAUGAUAUUAUCAGAGAUUUACAGUUCAGUUGAAAAUCAGCUUGAAAUAAAAUCUUCCAUCUGCAUUUCAUGUGCACUGUGACGGUGGUACACCUUAGACUAGUAAAAAUAUUUCAAUAUUAGUUUAGGUGCCAGACAGGUUAAAGCCUGUCAAUGUUUUAAAUUAACUUCCUAGGAUAUCUCAAAAUUACCACCAAUCAUGAAUUUACAGCAUUAAAAGAAAAAUUAAACACUCAUCAACUAUAAAGAAUAAAGUUAAACACUUUUCACACAUGAGAGGCAGAAGGAUGAGUUUUGUAUUGGCAUGUAUAAGACCCAAUUCACAUCAAACCAUCAUCAUCACCAAUGUAAUGAGGAAGAGAGGACAAAUAAAGAAUAAUUAAUAUUGAGAAUCAAAUAAAACACACACAAAAAAGAAUUUAACUAAUAAGUCUCACUAAAUUAGUUUUGCUUCCAACAAGUAUUACAGUUUGAGCAUAACUGAUAUCAUUCAUCAAUGUGGGUGUGUGUGUUAUGUUACCGUGUGUUCGGUUCGACUUGCUUGUCAACAUUUAUUCGAAAUUAAAUCACUCUAUUUUUCAUAGUCUUGUUACUUGUUUUCUGGUUCUGUAUGACUGUGGUUAAUCGCUAUUUGGACACAGUCUUUGUAAAACUGUUCUCGAAAUUAUUUUGAAGUUGCCUGUUUUGUUGUACAUGUUACUAUAUUGUAGUGUAAAGUCAAAUUAAAUAAAGGCUGCUGGUUUUUCAGAUGAUGUAAAUAUCAACACCAAGAUAUCUCUUAUGAAAUUUAGCUUGUGUGCACUCCAAAUAAAUAUACAUCUGAUCUCAACAACA